UCAGAACGAGAAGACGUCCGCGGCCAUGCCGAUCGAAUCGAUGUUCAACCCCCUGAGCAGACAACACGCAGUGUUUGCUGGCUUAAGUAAAGUCCUGGCAGAUAAGCAAGCCUUUUGCUUACGCGAAUCCCAGGAUGCCACGCGUGAGCUCCUGCGUGUCGGUGAUGGCCUGAAGCUGGAUUGUGAGCUCAUGGAGUGAGAGAGCAUGGACGUGGGUGAAGUCGAACCUGAACGAAUCAUAUAGAUAGAUGGCAUCCCUCAUGCGCACGGAAGGCGUGGGCGGGUAAUCGCCGUCUGCCUUGUGUCGCUCGCUUACCAGUGGGGCAUCAUCCAAACGAUCCAGUCGCAGAAACCAAUACGCAGGAUGGCCGUGAGUAGCAGAGACAGCAGCAUGAACAUCAGCAGCGGCUGCAGGAUGAAUGUGUUCAGGAACUCAACUGCAUGCCAAUCAUUCAUGACGUAUCCAGCAGGCAGGCAGGCAGGCAGGCAGGCAUGUGUGUGUCAUUUCAGCAACCUGAGCAGGCCAUGACGAAAUCUUGGUAUACGACGUGAGGGGGUCGGGCGUCGUACUCUGCCAGACGCUCGCUAAAGGCGAACAGCAGCAGGAAGGCAUCACACGCAAACCAGUAGAUCAGCGCUAUAGCGAUGCCGAUCCGCUCUCUCUUGCGCCAUCGCGCCAACACGGCCUGCUUCAUCUUCAUCGGGAAAUGACCUGGCAGCCGCCCAGGUAGGUAGGUAGGUAGGUAGGUAGGCAGGUAGGUAGGUAGGUAGGGAGGGAGACACAAGGGAGGGAGGGAGGAAGGAAGGACACGCAACGGAAGGAAGGAAGGAAGUGAGGAAAGAUAGAUGACUCUAAGAUGAGUGAGUGAGUGAGUGUCUGGCUGCCUGCCUGCCUGCCUGCCACCAGCCGGCCGACCGGCGCUAGUUGGCAUGAAUGCGUGCGUACCUGAGUGUCGCCCAGUGAUCUCGGCGAUGCGAUGGCCGCCGCCUCCCUUGAAGCCAGCGUACAUGGCUGAGAGAAGGCACGAACAAUUGACGCAUGCAAGUCAAGUCACGUCACUUGGUGCAUGGUGUCUUUUCUGGCUCGCUGGCCGUUGUGCAGGUAUUCCCUUACCGCUUCGUGUCGGUGAGGGUUUGAUGUGCGGCACCAGCUUGCGGAAGAGGAAAAUCAGGAGGAGGGGCACUGGCUUGGAGAGAAUGACAGACCAGAUGAGCACGGCGAUCUGACGCAGGGUGAGCUGCCAGGCUACGUCCUGCGUCUGGAACGACAGCAGCACGGUCUCAGCGCCCUCGCCAGUCACCUUCGUGCGGUCGAAGAAGACGGCACACCUGAAGGCAAAACAUCACUGGUGUCUGUGGAGUCCCACACAGCUGCUGCUGCGUCUCUACGGCCACACAUGGUGAGAAUUCCAAGUGAGAUGGACCCGAAAAAGAGAGUCCGCUGCACCGCCGUGUAGCUGAAUUGAAUUGAUACAUUGAAGCACAGAGAGACACAGACAGGGGCAUCGUGAAGGCGAUGCAUUCAUCGAUCUAUUUAUCCAUCCAUCAAUAUAGAUGACGUGGGGUUUAAGAUGAAGAGCUUGAGCAAUGGGUGGUCGCGUCUGCGUCGAUCGAGACACCAGCACAUAGAAAUACAUGGCCGCCGUCCAGACUGGAUCCGUCAGUCAGUGCGUACCUGACUACCUCCCUGAACAGACGGGCAGGCCCCCACUCCACGUACUCGACCCGACGCAGCGUGCGAGUCACCAUCAAGUCCACCUGCAGGAGGAAUAUUGACCGGCUCGGUCAUAGUGACAGAGUGACAGGUCACAGACAUAUUCACCAUUUAUACCUCGGAAUUCAGAUCGACCCACAAGUCGGUCACGCUCUUGCGGCGGGAUGCUGCCGUCGGCGUUUUGCCCUGCACUUUGUGAGUAGGUUUCUCUGCUUCGUCCACUGUGAUCUUGACCUCUUUUUGCUGCUGCCUCUGCUGCUGCUGACUCGGGAGGUCGGCAAUCGGAAUGGUCUGGCCCUUGUGCAGUUUGGGUGAGAACUCUGAAUCUUCGUCGUCGUCUCGGGCGUCUGCGUUGGUAGGCGAGCCCUCUGGGUCGACCAUUGUGG